GUUAGAAAAUCAGCAAAUUACGCUAGUGGAUACUUGCUGGCGAACGCGAUGGAUGACUUCAUUCAAAAGAACUUUAAAGUCAUAUCUGAAGAAAGCAAAGAAUUUACAUCUCUUCCUUACAUAGAGAUUGAAGUAUUGCAACGCUCUCGUUCGCCGCUAGACACCGAAGCGAUCAUUUCGGAAACGAUGCUUGGCGAGAAGGUGCUUCACUGGAUACGGCAGCAAGUGGUAGAGCUGCCGGAGCACAUCGAGUUUCGCAUGGAACUUCUGACCGAAAGGGUAUAA